AUGUUCAACGUUGUUAUUAUUAUUAUUAUUAUUAUAGUACUUGAAACUGCUAAAAAAAUUGAUCCGACACCAGCAGAUGUAGAAAUAGUGAAUGUAUAUCCUGGGGAUAGUAAAAACUGGAUCGAGCGAUUUUCAGAAGAUAUUGAAUUUGAAGAUGUAUGCGUAGAAAAUGAAAUGACUGGUACAGGUAUUCCACACGCGCAGCAAACUAAACAAUCGAUACCGAAUAGUAAGAAAAUCAACUUGAUAAUAAUGUCGAAAUUGUGUUUUAAAAAUUAUUUUUCAUUUACAGAUGAUUGUGCAAAAAAAUUGCGUGCGAGAGUAAUAGAAUCAGUUUUUUCGGGCAAUAUAGUUGUACAUAGAAUUGAAAACAUAGAUCCGUUUACUAUCCCCGAAUUCAUUCAACGAUAUGCGUCGGACAUUGAAGAUGUGUGGAAGAAUUCAAUUAAAAAACAUAUUGCGGUAAAGACUUCUUUAGAUUUAGUUACAGUUUAUAAAAAAAUAAUUAAUGUCAAUAGUAGUGCUAAUUUAGAAGUACCCACAAUUACACAAACACUUUCGAUUUCUCCUUUUGUUUUAACACCAUCAAGUAGUAUUUCCGAGUGGAUUACUACUAUUAAACAUCUGCUACAGAAUAAGUCCGAAGAGGUUGAAACGCGUGGGAGCGGAUGGGUUUUCAGUGGUGUAAUUUUUUUGGAUAUUAACUGUUUUAAAUAUGAUCCUAUAAGGGGAGGGUGUAAUACGGUAAUUCCAAAAAAAUUACUUCGUAAAAAUGCUUUGACAAACAUAGAAUGUGAGGGGGAAGAUUGUUUUUUUUGGGCCGUGGUUGCUAGUUUAUAUCCGGUUCAAUCGCGUGGUGUGGAUAGGAGUAAGCCCGAUUCUUAUCCACAUUAUAAUACAGUGUUAAAUACUACGGGAUUUAACUCACCCAUAACUCUUUCAGAAAUCAAAAAAUUUGAAAAAAAUAAUAAUAUAAGCAUAAAUGUUUACACUUAUGCUAAUGAAAAAAUUGCGGGUCCAUUACAUUUAACCGAAUAUAAACGUAGCAAACACGUUAAUUUAUUGUUUAUAGAUAGAAAUGAUAAACCCUUCGGACAUUUCUGUUGUAUUUCUAAUCUAGAGCGAUUGGUAUCCACACAGCUCUCCAAACAUAACUCCCGUAAGUUCUUAUGUGAUGGUUGUCUAUUAUUCUUUUAUUCGGAAUUAAAACUAAAACAACACCAGCUUGAAAAUUGUAUGCGUGUAAAAACGGUUGUACCAAAACCACCCAAAAACAUCAUGAAAUUUCAAAAUUAUAAUAAACAAUUCCCCGUCGAAUUUGUCAUCUACGCCGAUUUUGAAUCGAUAUUAAAACCUAUAGCUACAUGCGAUCCAAAUCCGGCACAAUCUUUUUCAAACAAAAUUAGCAUUCAUGAACCGCAUAGUUUUUCUUAUUUUAUAAAAUGUUCAUACGAUGAAAAUUUGGAUCGUAUGGAGCUAUAUCGUGGAGAAAAUUGUGUGAAGGUGUUCAUUGAGAAACUAAGAGAAGAUAUAAACCGUAUAAGUGAUAUUUACUCGAAUUCCGUUUCAAUGAUGCCGUUAACUUUAAAACAAGAACACGAUCAUUAUUUAGCAACUGUGUGUCAUAUUUGCGGCGGAGAAUUACGUUAUCACGAUAAGGUUUUCGAUCAUUGUCAUUUAACGGGAAAAUAUCGUGGCGCUGCGCAUAGAGAUUGUAACCUAAAAUGCACGGUUCCGUCAUUUGUUCCCGUAAUUCUGCAUAACAUGCAGAAUUAUGAUUCGCAUUUUAUUAUUACAGAACUUGGAUUUGGGGAUGAUGAUGAGGGCAUUGAAGUAGUGGCAAAAACUAAUGAGAAAUACAUGUCAAUUAGAAAAACAAUUAAAACAACUAAUAAUAAGCGGUUGACGUUGAAAUUUAUACUCAUUAAACUUUUUACCUUCUUCUAUUGAAAAAUUAGCUGACACUUUAAUGCCCGAACAAUUUACCAUUACAAGGAGAAUGUACACGAAUGAUGAUGAGUUCAUGAUGAUGUGUCGUAAGGGAGUAUUCCCUUAUGAAUAUGUGACUGACAUGGACGUUCUGAAUGAAAGUACAUUACCUCCCAAAUCCUCGUUCCGUAGUAUAUUAAAUAUGAGUGAUAUAACAGACAAGGAUUACGCUCACGCAAAAAAAAUAUGGGAAAAAUUUAAUUGUUCGACAUUGGGGGAUUAUUCGGAUUUAUAUUUAAAAACAGACGUAUUUCUUUUAGCGGAUAUCUUUGAAAAUUUCAGAAAAAUGUGUUUAGUAAAUUAUGGUCUUGAUCCUUGUUGUUAUAUCACUACUCCAGGAUUCAGUUUCGAUGCCAUGAAACGAAUUACUGGGGUCAAAUUGGAAUUAAUGACGGACAUCGAGAUGAUUAGUUUCAUUAAUAAUGGAAUUCGUGGGGGUGUCUCUCAAUGCGUAUCUCAUUAUAGUGAAGCUAAUAAUAAAUAUUGCGACAAUUUCGACUCGUCGAAACCGUCAAAAUAUCUAUUAUAUCUCGAUGCUAAUAAUCUCUAUGGCGCAGCGCUUAGUCAACACCUUCCACUUGGAAAUUUCAAAUGGUUAGAAGAAACAGAAAUCGAUGCGUUAGAUGUCAUGGAAAUUGACGAUGAUAGUGAUUGGGGGGUUAUUUUAAACGUUGAUUUAGAGUACAGUGAUAAUUUACAUGACCUUCAUUCAGAUUUACCACUAUGCCCCGAAAAUAUAAAACCUCCGAAAUCAAAAUUUAAAAAAUUGAUACCCAAUUUAUAUGACAAAAAAAAUUAUGUUAUUCAUUAUCGAUGUCUAAAACAGGCUAUUAGUUUAGGACUAAAGGUGAAAAAAAUUAAUAAAGUACUUCGAUUCGAACAGUCGGCUUGGAUGAAAGGGUAUAUAGAUUUAAACACUAGAAAACGAAUGGAAUCCAAGUCGGCUUUCGAAAUUGAAUUCUUUAAACUCAUGAUCAAUUCAAUUUAUGGUAAAUGUCUCGAAAACCCCGAAAGAAGAUUAGAUGUAAAAAUUAUAACCAAAUGGCAAAAUAUAGGAAAACGAUUCGGGGGUAGUGUGUUGAUUUCGAAACCAAAUUUUCAUAGUGUAUCAAUCUUUAAUAAUAAUAUGACAGCCAUCCAUAUGAAAAAAACUGAAAUCGUGUAUGAUAGACCUUGCUAUGUCGGGUUUUUCGUUUUGGAAAUAGCAAAGACUAUCAUAUACGAUUUCCAUUGUAAUUUCAUGAAGAAAAUAUACGGCAAUAUGUGUAAGUUGUUGUAUACGGAUACAGAUUCUCUAUUUUAUGAAAUACGAACUGUGGAUGUUUAUAAUGAUAUUAAAAAUAAUUUAAAUAAAUUUGAUACGUCGAAUUAUGACCCCAAUAAUGUGUAUGGCAUACCGCUUGUCAAUAAAAAAGUAAUUGGACUGAUGAAGGAUGAAUUUGGGGGGUGUAUUUUACACAAAUAUAUAGGUAUAUGUAGUAAAACAUACAUGAUGCGUAGCGGGGGGGACGUCGAAAAAAAAAAUAA